AUGCCGGAAAGAGCCGAAAAAGUGUUGAUUAUUCUGGCGGGGAUUCGGGGAGCGAGUCGGCUCUCCCCGAAAACUCCCCCAACCUUACGACGGAAACCUCGGGGGUCUCAGACUAUUCGUUCACCACCCUCCACAUCACCACCAAACCCACAGUAUCUGAUCAGGAUGUUUCCAGAAAGAAACUUCGCGGGCCAUAGUAAUGGAUUCGGGAUGGCGCAUAAGGAUUCUGAGCGUUGGGGAAACGAUGUGCGAAGGAGAGAGGAUGAAAAUUUUCGUAACUUUCCUAGCCGCCGCCCUAGACGUUCACUUUCUCGAUCGCGAUCGCCUCGGAGGAUGCGCCGCUCAAAAUCAAGAAGUCGCUCACCUCGGCCCGAUCGUCGCUCGUCUCCUGGUCGAUACCGACAUGAUCGAGACAGGGAUGAUGUCAGUCCGAAAUAUGCGUAUUCUAACGGUCGCCCCGGUGGCUUCAGCUCCCGAGGACGGGGUCAUUUUGAAGAUUCCGGAAGACGUGCCACUGGUCGCGAGAUGGCUGCCCUCGAAGCCAGCAAACGGAGUGUCAAAGAGAAUCGCGUUUACGUAGGCAAUUUGGCCUUUUCGGUUAAAUGGAGUGAUCUAAAGGAUUUCAUGCGUGAGGGUGGUGUUGUGAAGAUGGUGGUGGCAAAGGGCGCCUCGUGA